CCCUUUCACUCUACUCCUGCAUAAACACAACAAUACAUACAAACAAACGUUCACGUUCACGCUCACUCAGACCUCCCUCCCUCCGUCCCUCCCUCCCUUCCUCCCUAUCCCUCCCAUAGUGCCACUCCUCUCCACCCUCCACCACUAAGACUGCAUAGCUCAUCUCAAGCAACUUCUUCUACGCCCCCCUUCAUCACACCUCCGCCUUGACCGUGAACGUCAAUUUCCGCCCUCCAACAUACAUUCUAUUCCGGCCCGUCCGCAAACCUAAUUCAUACCUAAGAGAAGAAAAGGGAGAGGGAAUUAAUCCUUUCGCUAUUCGACCUCCUAUCGUACCCAUCUUCAAUUAACCUACCCUACGUCGGCAGCGCACACUCUUUCGUUUUCCAUUGUAUCGCAUGCUCACACGACCUUCUCUUUCCCUACAUGCGACCUGCGACCUGCGACCUAUUAUAGAAUCCCUACUCAUUUUAAAACCCACCUCGAAUAAGAAUCUCAACGCCACACUCUUAACGUUUCACCAUUGGUCGCACCUCAAUCAUACACAUAACGAACCACAGAACACAACAGACGGCCGUUGAUUCAUUUUACCUACCUAUCCAUGCGACCGAUAGUCUAGCAUUCCUAGUCUGCAUCAAACAUUCAAUAUUCUCUUCUCCCGAGACUCCCCGCUGUCAUUGCAUUUAUCGAUUCAACUUUUUCGCAAAUUAUCCGAACUCUUUCUGGGUUUUACGACAGAUUUAAGUCAUUCACCCUGGCUCCUGUUGAGGAGCCUUAAACACCGCAGACGUGGCUUUCAGCAAAGACUCUCGAAAGUCCCUGCUUUCUCUUGGUCAGGGACCAUAUGAACAAGACGCUGGAGGUUAUUUUCAUCGCGAAGGACUUACAUCAGGACCCAACGGGAUAGUGACAAGUAGAAAAGAGAAGAUGUAUAUCCCAAAUACCACAUGGACAUGGGCGUUCAUGCUUGCCGCAACCAUACAAGCCGCAGCCGUUUUGGCCAUUGAAUCGUAAGUUUUAACAAUGUUGGAAAUGAUGCGACAUCGUUCUUUGGGAUUCAUCUAAUAACAUGCAUCACUAGAUAUGUAUUCGCAAAGUUCCAAACGAGUCUGGUCAAAGGCAAAGAACAAAUAGCCCUCGAUCGAACAAUUCCCACCUAUCUCACCCUGUUCAUUUUUGGUUUCCUCUAUCAAGUUGUCUUGGUAUACGAUUCGCUACGACUUAAGAACACAAUUCAGGUUAUUGGUCUUUGCAUGUACAAUGGUGGAAUGUUGAUAUACGCCUCGAUUCAAUACGAUCAAAUCCAAACAGCGAUUGAGUCCCUGGGUGACCUUGGUUAUGUGGAUGCGAAUGCGAAUGUCUGGCCGGAUGUGCAAGGAUUUUUACUCGCAGUUCCAUGUAUUAUCGCUUUCUUUACCGUCUUGAUGUCACUCAUAGCUUGGAAACUUUACGACGAAUUUGCCUGGACGAUUUACAAACACAUCAGCGCUGAUUUGCGAAUGAAACGGAGAUUCCUGACCUACCAAGUAAGUGCAACUGUCUCCAUAUUUUCGAUCUCAUGAAUAAUGGCUAAUAAAUCUAGAUUUAUAUUGCCUUGUUAAAAUUCGAUUUCUUCUUCUUCCUGGGAUUCACGGUCCAAUUUCUAGUUAUCGUUACUGGUGUACAGGAUUUCGAGUUUGGCUUGACAAUAGCAGCCAUCCCCGUUACCAUCUUCAUUCUAUUCAUGGCCGCCUUCUGGACUCGUCGCGAAAACAAACCGGGGAUGCUCUCGGCCAUUUUCAUCUUCCAUUGUGGUCUAGCCUACUUUAUCUUCAAACUUGCCCGAAUGUACCAACCGGCCAAAGCUGCAGACUAUUUGCCCGUUCGAAAGAAUUUGACAAGUUUUGCUGUCAUCACAAUCAUCCUGAUUAUCCUGACGAUCGUGAACGCUUCAUUAUGUACGGCAAAUUUCAAUAAAGGUCUUAAGCCACAUUUGAGGAGACGAAAGAUCGGUGGCGAAGAGGAGAAGAUCGAUAAUAUGACCGAAUUACCAGAUCUCAGUCAUUCUCAAAAACAGUCGAAUCGCAUGACGAUAGAUUAAGCCAAAAAAAAUACUUUGCAAAUAAACAAGGGCGUAAGACUUCAAGACACCUGGUUACAAAUUUGGAAUUGGAUUAUGGUGGUUUAGGGCUGGGAUGAUUAUGACGUUGGGGUUUCUUUCUCUUUCUGUGCCUUUUUUUUUUCCUUUCUCUCGUUCGUUUUCUUGGGACUUUUAUUGCGAAAGGCCUUUUUGAGCCAAGUUAUUUAAACUUGCCUUGUCUAGGUCAGUAUGGCUGGUAGGCAGGCAAAGGCAUUCGAGGACACGUAACCUCACUUCAUACCCGGAAUCGAUGGAUAUUGGCGGGCGGGCGUUACAGAGGGCGUAUUAUGUGAUUUUUGUGCUAGGAACGGGCGCCGGUGUGUUUGUAGGGCUGGAUCUGGGCGACAUCGUGUGAUCCAUGAAUGAAUUGUCAUUGGGACUAUCUUUCUGAAUAGGAUAGGCUUGCUGAGCAAGGGUUAUCUUACUUGGGAGAGGGAGCAUAGUAGCAUGGCAUUCACAAAGCCGCGAUAUGAUGUUUGCAUAUGAAACCUUUAGCGAAGCAAAAUGAUAUCUUUAUUGAACAAAGGGAAAGAGGGAAAACGGUGAAGUGAAUGAAC